AUGGCAGCUAGGGACCGCUUUGGUGGUGCCUACGCUGACCUGGGGCUCACUCCCCUCCAACGAGCUGUUCGAAAUGCCUGUGACAUCACCCACUACGAGCCCAAUCUCGCCCUGAACCUCGAAGUUGCGGACCUGAUCAAUUCCAAAAAAGGCAAUGCACCCCGAGAAGCUGCGCUCGAAAUCGUCCGCCUGAUCAACUCUCGCAAUCAGAAUGUCGCGUUACUGGCGUUGGCGAACUGUGGAUACCCCUUCCACCUCCAGAUCAGUACCAAGGAGUUCCUCAAUGAGUUGGUGCGCCGGUUCCCCGAACGCCCGCCGUUGCGCCCCUCGCGCGUGCAGCAUCGCAUCCUGGAGUCGAUCGAGGAAUGGAGACAGACCAUCUGUCAAACGUCGAGGUACAAGGAGGACCUGGGCCAUAUUAGGGAUAUGCACCGGCUGCUACUCUACAAGGGCUAUGUCUUCCCCGAGAUCCGCCAUGAAGAUGCGGCCGUGUUGAAUCCUAGUGACAAUCUCCGGUCCGCCGAGGAGAUGGAGGAGGAAGAGCGAGAAGCGCAAUCGGCGAAAUUGCAGGAGCUGAUCCGUCGAGGCACCCCCGCGGACCUACAGGAAGCCAAUCGGUUGAUGAAGGUCAUGGCGGGCUAUGAUAAUCGACACAAGACCGAUUACCGGGCGAAGGCUGCGGAGGAGGUGGCCAAGGUGCAGCAAAAGGCCAAGAUCUUGGAAGAGAUGUUGCAGAGCCAUCAGCCCGGCGAGCGGGUUGCAGAGGGGGAUGUGUUUGAGGAACUUGCCAAUGCGCUUCGGAGCGCCCAUCCCAAAAUCCAGAAGAUGUGUGAGGAGGAAUCGGACGACCCCGAGGCGGUCCACAAGCUCCUGGAGAUCAACGACAGCAUCCACCGCACGAUUGAACGGUACAAGCUUGUGAAGAAGGGCGAUUACGAUGCUGCUGCCAGGAUCCCAAAGGGCACGCUCGGCACGACAACCGGCGUGUCGAAGAAUGCAAACAACGAACUUUCCCUGAUUGACUUUGAUCCGGAGCCUAGUUCCAACGGCAGCGCGGCUCAGGCCCAGGCGUCAGGCGGAAGCUCCCUGGAGAAUGAUUUGCUCGGGCUUUCGAUCGACGAACCUACACCCGCAGGAGGCAUUUCUCUUGGCCCUUCAAAUCCAAUCAUCUCUUCUCCACCUCCCUUCCAACCACAGGCGGCGCAACCAGCAUCGCAGCCGCCGGCCUCUGCGGCAUUUAAGCCGAACUACGAUAUCCUGUCUUCCCUGAACUCGUCGCGGCCGGCCUCCCAAUCACCAUCGCCAGUGCCAGGGACAUCCCGGGCACCGAACGCCCCAUUGGCAACGGCCACCCCUCCGCCCGCCGAUCCGUUCGCCUCAUUGGUGUCGGCAAGUCCGCGACAUGGCAGCCCGUUCCCAUCGGGGGCUGCCACGCCGACGCCACCGCAGCCGGCCACCACGGGGUCUUCAUCCUUGUUGGAUUUGAUGGGCACGCAGCCCUCGGGAGGUCCCGCAGCCAAAGGCGACGACGAUGAGUGGAACUUUGCCUCGUCUCUGCCGGAGAGCAGCACACUGCCGACGACCAACCGGGUGCAGGUGCUGGACUCGCUGCUGCGGAUCGAGUUCGUGGCGCGGCGUCACCCCCAACAGGCACGACAGAUCCAUGUUGCGGCGCUCUUUUCGAACGGCACCAACCAGGUGCUCAACGAGCUGCAUUUCCAAGUGGCUGUGGAAAAGGCCUACACAUUACAGCUUCGGCCGCAGUCUGGCCGCGAUAUCGCCCCGCAGCAGGCGAACGGGGUGCAACAGGAGAUGCUCAUUGACGGGGUGGAUGCGGGUAAAGGGAACUCCAUCAAGAUGCGGUUCCGGGUGUCGUACCGGGUGGGCCAGGAGCGGAAAGAAGAGCAGGGGAUGGUACCGUCGUUGGGGAUUGCAUAG